AAGUAAUGGAGAAAUAUUGGGUACAUUUAAGCAUCGUCUUCCAAAACCCCUCAUAAACCCUAACCGUUUUUUCUAAACUAGUUGCCACCUCUCAGCUCAAAUUACGCCGUUCCGCUGCCGCCGUCGUAAUGGAGAACGACGCCGUUGAAGCACUGCAGUCAUUCGUCGCAGAAGCUGACAUAUGCCAACAGCUUCUAACCCGCUACGCCCGCUCCUCCGCUGCUCAGCACCGUCACCUCUGCGCCACCGCCGCCGCCACCCGCUCGAUCAUUCAGUCAGCUUCUUUGCCUCUUACUCCGAUAUCGUACUUCGCUGCCGCCAUCACUUCUCUCUCCAAUUCUGAGAACUUAGACUCUAAUGCUCUCGGUGCGGUGACCUCUUUCAUAUCAAUCGUGCUUCCUUUGGUCGGUAGAGGCCAAAUCAAGCCGGAGAAAGCGGAGGAGGCUGCUAAGGUUUUGGUGACAAUAGUUGAGGAGAGUGGAGGUAAAUUGGGAACUUCUGGUGUCAGGGCCGUGGUGAAGUGUGUGGGUGUUUUGGUUGCGGAGUUCUGCAAUUUGGAGGAGUGGGACUCGGUUGCCUUAGGGUUUGAGUGGCUUUUGAGGUUCUCGAUCGAUAAGCGGCCUAAGGUGAGGAAAUCUGCUCAGGAUUGUCUCUUGAAAGUUUUCAAGUCGUUUGAGCACUCUUCUAUCUCCAAGAAGGCGAGUAAAUCAAUUUACUUGUUGCUCAAAGAUCACAUGCCAUCACCCGCGGGAAUUAGCACUUCAAAAAUAGUUGAUGCAAGCAGGCAUGAGCCAAUGUCGAGGUCUGAACAUCAAGAAGUUCUUCAUUUGCUGAACAUAAUGAAGCAUGUUGUUCCAGAUCUGUCACCCAAGGUCCGGGAAAAGGUGCUUUCAAAAUUAUUGAAGAUCUUGUCCCAAUCCAUGGAGGCGGCAAGACAUGUCUUCGAUGUCAUGUUGGCUAUAUUUGAAACUUCAGGAACUGAAGUUAUAAUAUCGAAUGCUGAAGACAUCUUUAAGCUAGUGGUCUCCUACAUAGCUUUAGGUGAAAAGAACCCAGUUGAAAGUGUUUUUUUAGCUGCAAAUUUGGCCAAAACUGCUCUAGGAAGACUUCAUGAUGGUGACAUAGAUCAGUGGGAGUCCUUUCUCCCUAUGCUGAUUGAAUCUUUAGCAGGUCUUCUAUCUUCCCCCAGAGAUGAUGUGGCUUUACAGGCUUCCCUCAUUCUCAAAGAACUGAUAGAUCAGCAUAUUGAUGGAAAAAGUUUGCUGACAAUGGAAAGCAAAGAAAAGGAGAAUGAUAAAACUUGCAAUGCAGAGUUUAAACCAGUACAAAUUGUAUGCACCACAUUCUACAGUUUGCUGUGCGCUUCUCCGAUUCUGAAUAAACACUUAUUGUCAGUUGUUUCUUCUCUGUUCCUAAAACUUGGUAAGACGUCAGAUAUCUUUAUGAGGCCUAUAAUUCUUAAACUCGCUGAUUUAAUGAAUACCACUUCUGUUAGUGCUUCAGACGUUAAACAUCUCGAAGAGUGUAUCAGCUCUGCUGUUGCUGCUAUGGGACCAGAGAUAUUACUUUCUCUUAUUCCGAUUUCCCUCGAUUUUUCCUGUUCAAAUAUUUGGUUGAUACCGAUUUUGAAGAAAAAUAUUGUUGGAUCAUCACUGCAGUUCUUUAUAGACCAUAUCAUACCUCUUGCUGAAUCCUUUGAGAAGGGAUCUCAUAAAGUUAAAAAUUCAGUAAUUGGCCAAGAUCUGCAGGCUUAUGCCCAUGGAUGUUGGGAAUUGUUGCCUGCGUUUUGCCACUGGCCUAUUGAUACAUAUCAGAGUUUUGCCUCACUUUCUGAACUCUUAAUCCCCUUUCUCAAGAAGGACUCAUUUAUGAUUGAGAAUAUCGCCAUCAGUUUGCAGAAACUAGUUAAUGAAAAUAGAAGAGCACUUGCCUCCAAUCAUGAUGGAUCUGCACAACUGACUGAAGUUCAAAGUUCAGGAAGUGUUGAUGUUGCAAUUGAUAAUGAAGCAACACAUGUCUACUCCAGAAAGAUGGCUAACAAAAAUAUUAAGGCAUUGGCUUUGGGCGCCAUAGAGUUGCUUCCCCCUUUAGCUGAUGUGUUGCUUGAGAGUACUCCCGAGACUAGGGAACAUCUACAGGGUGCAAUCAGCUGCUUGGUAUCCAUAUGUGAUUCUUCCGUAACCAAAAAGAUAUUUAUUGCUUCACUAAAGAAGUUACGGCUUCUGGAUGAUGCUGGCGAACAUGGAAAAUUAGAACUCAUUGCUGAUGCUUCAUCCAAAGAAAAAGAGAGUAUUGGAACUGAUGCAGAGAGGUGUUUAAUACUGGACCUUGCAUCUUGCAUAGUAGAGGGAUGUGAUAGUGAUCUGGUUAAUAUACUCUUCUCUCUUAUUAAGCAUUAUCUGCAGGCAAGUGAUGUGGUCAGCCAGAUGGAAGCAUAUCAAACUCUCAGCAGAAUUCUUGAGAAACAUCCGUCGUUCUGCUCUACAGAAUUUGAUGUUGUAAUGGAUUUGUUGGCUGGGAUGAAGCCUUCAGAAAACAUCGAAUUGGUUAAAAGCCGGUUUGCGUGUUUGCAGACCUUGCUAAUUCAUGCAUUAUCGAGAAACCCAGAUGAGGAGAACACAAAGGCUUUCCUUAUUCUGAAUGAGAUUAUUCUCAUGUUAAAAGAUUCCAGGGAAGAAGGCAGAAAAGCAGCUUAUGAUGCUUUACAUGGAUUAAGUUCUAAGUUGAGAAGUUCAGCUGAUUCUUCUUCAGACGAGCUCUAUCAUAAACUUAUAACUAUGAUCACAGGGUAUCUUUCUGGUUCUUCUCCCCAUAUAAAGAGUGGAGUGGUGUCUGCACUCUCAGUUUUAGUUUACAGCGAUCCUAAUAUCUGUGUUACAAUGCCCGAUGUUUUCCCCUCGGUUAUGGAAUUGUUACAUAGCAAAGCAAUUGAGGUUAUAAAAGCUGUUUUGGGCUUUGUAAAGGUGUUAGUUUCAUGUCUUACUCCAAACGAUCUGCACCGUUCUCUUUCGGAAAUCAUGGAUGGAAUUCUUCGUUGGUCAUCUGUCUCUCGCCAUCAUUUCAAAGAAAAGAUAAUUGUGAUCUUGGAGAUUUUGAUGAGGAAGUGUGGUUGUGCCAAAGUGAAGGCCCUUGCACCUGAGAAAUAUAAGGACUUUGUGCAGGGUGUUGUAGAGAAUCGUCAUGGCAAGACAAGGCCGGAACCUUCUGAUACGUCUCUUAAGGGGCAGCAGAAAAGGAAACGGGACGAAUCAGCCAUCUCGUCCAAGGAAGAAGGAUCUGCUGGACGACCAUGGAAGAAAAGGGACAACAACGACAACACCGGAAAUACCUCACAGAACACUGGGAACUCCAACUUCAGAAAAGGGAAGUCGAACAGACCUCAAGGCAGUGAUGCAAAACGCUUCACGGGGAAGCCCUCCGGUGCAGAGAAGAAGCACAAGGGGAGGUCAGCCUUUAAGAGCAAUGAACGUAACCUUCAGAGACCCCAUGCUGCUACUUUGAGAAAUCCAGAACACAAGAAAGCAGCAAGAAAGAACUGACGAUCAGCCGCCCUUAGAGAGGGCGAACGAGCAAAGUCAGCCAGCCGAAACUAUGGUAACUAGAACAGAGACGGGGACAAAAUUUUCCAAUGAGCUGGAGUUUUCCGACGAGUAUUUGACAUUGGGCUGUAGACUAGUUGAAAAAAUAGGUUCGAUGCAGAUAUAUAUUCAUUAGUAACAUUACAUAGUUACUUCUGUUGUUACUGUUAACUAAUAUAGGAGUAUAAUUUUAUUCAAAAAGUUGAUUUUGUAACGGGGCCAUAGUAUUUACGUGUUUGAUUUGAGUAAAUCUAUCUUGGUUCCACUUCU